AUGACUGAUUUGAGGGUAAUGUUUGCUUGCCUAAGUUUGUUCGAUGAUGGUGGAAUUCUGGCUGAGUUACAAGUUAAGCCAACUUGGUUAGAUGAAAUUAAUAGUAAACAGCUUUUGGAUGAGUCUUUGAUUAGUCUAGUUCAACAGAUGGAUGUGGGUAAGACUUGGGAUUUUGGGUAUAAUGAUAAUGGGAUUUUAUGUUUCCAGGGUCGUAUCUGUGUGCCUAAAGAUAUGGAUUUGAGGCAGUCUAUUCUGCAGGAAGAGCAUAGUAGCUCUUAUGAUAUGCAUCCCGGAGGUAAUAAGAUGUACCGGGAUCUACGUGAUUUGUAUUGGUGGCCUAGGUUAAAACGUGAGGUGACCGAGUUUGUGUUUCAUUGUUUGACGUGCCAAAAAGUUAAGGCUGAGCACCAACUUCUUUUUGGGCUACUUCAACAAGUUAAGUUCCAAUAUGGAAGUGGGAAUAGGACCGAUUACUCUUUGCAAAAGUUGGCAAUGCUAUUAGUUUCCGAGAUUUUCAGACUUCAUAGGGUCCCUCUAUCUAUCAUUUCAGAUCGGGAUCCUCGUUUUACUUCUCGAUUCUGGAAAAAGUUGCAUGAGGCUUUAGGUACUCAUCUUGACUUUAGUAUCGAAUUUAAUCCUCAGACUGAUGGUCAAUUGGAGAGGGUUCUCAGGUUUGGUCGUAAGGGCAAGUUGAGCCCUAGAUUUAUUGAGUCGUAUCUGGUGUUGAGGCGUGUUGGGCCAGUUGCUUAUCAGCUUGAGUUACCUCCAAACUUGGAUCGCAACCAUGACAUUUUUCAUUUAUCUAUGUUGAGACGUUAUCGAUCUGAUCCAUCGCAUGUAGUUCCAGUGGAGGGGAUUGAGUUGUGGCCAAAAUUUUCUUUUGAGGAGGAGCUGAUACAGAUUUUGGAUCAUGAGAUUGAAGUAUUGAGAAGAAAGACCAUUCCUCUGGUUAAGGUACUUUGGCAGAAUCGUGGUUCCAAGUAA